UUUGAUGUUGUUGUUGUUGUUGGGAAAAGCCACUCUUCCACAAUCCUGCAGCACCUUCCUCGUGCCUUCAAGAGCUAGCUACUCAACUCUAGUGCAAAAUCCAGUUUCGCCACCAGACAGAAAGCGUGGAAACAAAUUUGACGGAGCAACCUUGCGCGCCACUCUGCUUCGAGUCUAUUUAUCCGCCGAUCCUUGACCAGAUAAUAUGGGAACACCGGAAACAUGGACACCACCAGCGAGAGCGUGAACCAUGGAGGUGGCGGCGGCGGCGGCGGCGCGAACGUCUUCUUCCUGCCGUUUCCCGCGGCGCAGGGGCACACCAACCCGAUGCUCCAGUUCGGGCGCCGCCUGGCCUACCACGGCCUGCGCCCCACCCUCGUCCUCACCCGCUACGUGCUCUCCUGCACCGACCCACCGGGCGACCCGUUCCGUGUGGCCGCCAUCUCCGACGGCUUCGACGCCGGCGGCAUGGCGUCCUGCCCGGACCACGCGGAGUCCUUCUCCCGGAUGGAGGCCGCCGGGUCGGAGACGCUGCGGGAGCUCCUGCUUUCGGAGGCGCGCGCGGGGCGGCCCGUGCGCGUGCUGGUGUACGACCCGCACCUCGCCUGGGCGCUGCCCGUGGCGCGCGCCGCCGGCGUGGCCACCGCGGCGUUCUUCUCCCAGCCGUGCGCCGUGAAUGUUAUCUACGGGGAGCUGUGGGCGGGGCGCAUGGCGCUGCCGGCGACGGACGGGCGUGAGCUGGUGGCGAGGGGAGCGCUGAGCGUGGAGCUGGGGCCGGAGGACAUGCCGCCGUUCGUGGCCGUGCCGGAGUCCCAUCCUGUGUUCACCAGGACAUCAAUUCGGCAGUUCGAGGGGCUGGACGAAGCGGACGACGUGCUGGUCAACUCAUUUCACGACUUGGAGCCAAAGGAGGCAGAGUACAUGGAGUUAACAUGGAGAGCAAAGAUGAUAGGCCCAACAUUGCCAUCAUUUUACCUCGACGAUGAUCGCCUUCCAUCCAACAAGUCUUAUGGGUUCAACUUGUUCAAUUGCGAUGCACCGUGCAUGGAUUGGCUAGACAAGCAGGAGAUCUCGUCUGUUGUGCUUGUAUCAUAUGGGACUGUCUCCAACUAUGACGCAACUCAGCUAGAUGAGCUUGGAAACGGACUAUGCGAUUCCGGCAAACCUUUUAUAUGGGUUGUUAGAUCAAAUGAGGCACACAAGUUAUCUAAAGGCCUCAAGCUCAAAUGUGAGAAGACAGGAUUAAUUGUUUCUUGGUGCCCACAACUUGAGGUUCUUGCACAUAGGGCGAUCGGUUGUUUUGUUACCCAUUGUGGAUGGAACUCAACACUGGAAGCAGUUGCUAGCGGUGUUCCUCUUGUCGGCAUUCCACAUUGGGCAGACCAACCCACAAUCUCAAAGUAUGUGGAGAGCGUUUGGGGCAUGGGUGUGCAGGCACGAAAGAGUGAUAUUGGAUUCCUAAGGAGUGGGGAAAUCGAGAGAUGUAUUAGAGAGGUGAUGGACGGGGAAAGAAAUGAUAAGUACAAAAGGAAUGCUGCAAAAUUGAUGCAAAAGGCCAAGAAGGCUAUGCAGGAAGGAGGAAGUUCAGACAUGCAUAUUGUUGCAUUUGCGGCAAAGUAUUUGUCAAUUUAAAGCUAUGACAACACAAUCUUUACUUCAAAAGAACCAUGUAUGUAGUGAUCUCAGCCCUGCGGAUGCUACCAGAGGGCAACAUUUUGUGUAUGUUUUUAAAUAAAAAGCAAUGGAGGAAGCCUCCACAAAUGCUCCACAAACAAUGUUUUGUUAGGGGAGUCGAUGUACAAUCGAACCACUCGGUUUCCACUAAUGCUGGAAUUUUCGUAUAUUACUAGACUAUGAGAAAAGGUCUAGAUGUUAUAUUUCAUUUAAAUAAUGCCCAUAAAUUCA